AUGAGUAAAGAGUUCGAAUUAACACUUAUUGGUGCGAACCAGUUAGAAAUCUCUGAUGUUGUUGCACACUCCUCUGACCCGUAUGUCAAAUUUGAGACCUCUGGCACCAAAAAGCAGAAGACCAAAAUAAUCAAUGCGAACAUCAACCCAUAUUGGAACCAAAGAUUCGACAUUAAAGCCAACUUUGGAGAAGAGAUUAAGUUUGAGAUAUACGACCAUGAUGUCAUUGGAAAGGACGACAAGAUUGGGACAACAUCUUUUGUUGUGCCACAAAUGGACAAUCAAGAGUUCUAUUAUGAUGUUCUUCCCGUUUCUAAAAAGGGAUAUUUAUACAUCUGCUUAAAAUGCACUAAAGGAGGUGUUCCCUUCAAGAGACCAAUUACUUCAGCUGAUGAAUGUGUCUUGUUCUUUUCCAAAAUUUCAUUUGUCUGUGAGAUCCAACCACGCCUAGCAACAUUGGAACUGAAAAUAGAAGGAAAGAAAGACCAGGAAACACUUGCUUUUAACUUGUGCACUUGUAUGAUUUCUGAAGGAUUCUAUGUCAAGUGCAAACCAAACGACAAGAUAACCUUCAAAUUGAACCAAGUUGGUCUGUUCAGUGAUUCUGGAAUUUCAUCAGCUAAAUACAUUGUGCCAGACUUCAGAGAAAAGGAAGACGAGACUGAAAGACUUCCAUUAAAAAAGAUUGGCUCAAUGAACUUUAAAGUCACAUGUGUCAGAAGUGUCUAUCACAGCGCAUUCCCUAAUCAAAUUCCACAAAAGGAAGAUAUGGGCCUUGCACAAGUGAGUAAGAUCUACAUUUACAUAGAGAAGGCGGUUGGAAUCAAAGCUAAAGAUAUUGGAGGAACAAGUGAUGCUUAUGUCAAGAUGAAAACAUCGACAGGCAAAGAAAAGAAGACUUAUAUUGCACCGCCCUCUGUUAAUCCAGUUUGGGCUAAAAACAUUAAGACCAAAGUGCAAAUGGGCGAAGAAAUUACUUUCAAAUUGUUUGAUCAUGAUAUAAUUGGAAAAGAUGAUAGCUUGGGAGAUGCCAAGCUUCAUAUCACUGAAAUGAAUGGCUCAUGGAAAAAAGCUACUUUGGACAUCUCAAAGAAAGGAAAGUUAUACAUCGAAUACAAGUGGGUCAGAGGUAUCUCUGGAAUGUAUCACGCUAUUACUCAUGGUGGUCCUAUGCCUAUGGCACAACCUAUGUAUCCUCAACAACCUCCUAUGGGUCAAUACCCUCCUAUGGGAUAUCCUCCUCAACAACAAUUCCCUCAACAACCAAUGGGUCAAUAUCCACCUAUGGGAUACCCACAACAACAACCACCAAUGGGGCAGUAUCCACCUCAAGGUUAUCCUCCUCAACAAUACCCUCCACAACAACCUAUGGGUCAAUACCCUCCUCAAGGUUAUCCAAUGCAACAACCACCAAUGGGUCAAUACCCACCACAAGGCUAUCCUCCACAGCAAUUCCCUCCACAAAAAUAA